UCCAGAACUAAUAAACGACCUUGUCUUUUCAAUAUGUGGAUUGGUCGAUACUCUGAUGAAUUGGAGGCCUCAGCUCUGCAAAUUGAGGAGUUACUUAAUUGGCUAAGCAACUCUUUGUCGAAUGAAAAGCGUAGAGUCCCGAGGGAUGUUUAUUAUCAAGCGUUUGCGCAAAUCACACUGUCACCUGCCCAAGAGAAGUCAAUAUUUGGGCUGCCUCCGCGCGCAGGGAACACACAUUUUCUAGUGUCACAUGCAGAUUUGAGAAGUGCAUGCAAUGAUAUUGCUGUUUUCGAUAAGAGGGAGGGCGAUAAAUGGUCACUCGCAAUUUUAGCCAUCCAGACAGCUGUGGGAUACGAGUAUGACAGUCUUUGCAAGGUACUUGACCAGCCCUUUCUUGUCAGGGAAAAUGGAACUUACACCUUUGUCCUGAAGGGUCUAAUGAAGUCAGCGCCUCCAGGUGAUUCAAUCGAGUCAAACCUGUCUUGGUUGAUUAUCUGCACCCUUGCUUCAGUUGUUCUGCCAUCCCAGGUGCCUAUGAGUUUACCUGGAUGUUUCACUUUUGAUUCCAACGCACCACCAAAUGAUGGAGGAGCAGGGAAGAGAAAGAGCACACGCGAACCAGACCCAUACUUUUUACGGUGUAGACACUGUGGCUGCCGUAUUGUUGCUCGAAAUCUUGCUGUUGAGUUUGGUCUUCUCUACGGAUUACUUGAUGUACCACAACGUCGACUAAGAUUUGCAUUAGAGAUCCAACAUGAUAGGAACGUCAUCCGAUUUGAUUCACUAUGUGUCAGUUGCAACACUAUAUUGGGGUUUGCGUAUCUCAGUGUCAUACAUCGGUGGCAGUUCCAUUUUCUCUUCCGCGAGAUGGUUUACUGAUGAUUGUGUGCAUAUAUACCAGAAGACUUUUAUAUAUCCCAGGCUUGCUUACUAUUGGCAUAUACUACUGAUUGAGACUGAUACAAUGACACACUAGAGUAUAGAAGCAUUUGUUUAAAACAUUUUUUUGUAUGUUUUAUUUCUGAUGCCGGUUUGUUCUGCAAACUACUG